UCUAUGAAGUAACGAAUAAAAACUCUUCCUUCCUGAAAUGACAGCAUGGGGAAAUGGAUGUUGACGCACGUUAGUGGAUAAUUUAUGUUAUUCUCACCAGGUCUGCAGGAGCUGUGUAUCUCUCUCUUUCAACUGACCUCCAUCUUUAAAGUGUAAACACCUCCUUAUUCCUCAACCUCCAGUGUCAUGGCGAGCAAUCAGGACGUAGUGGCAGUCGGACGCAUCCUCGUGGAUACCCAGCAGGAGCUUCCCGCUCGUUUUCGGGCUCUGUUCACGCUUCGGAAUCUGGGCGGAGCCGAGGCGGUGAGCUGGAUCAGCGAGGGUUUUUCAGACGAGUCGGCGCUUCUGAAGCACGAGCUGGCCUACUGCCUGGGGCAAAUGCAGGACGAGAGCGCCAUUCCGGUCCUGGAGACGGUGCUGAAAGACACCGAGCAGGAACCGAUGGUCAGGCACGAAGCAGGUGAAGCUUUAGGAGCCAUCGGGAAUCCAAAAGUGUUGGAUUUACUCAAACAGUACUCAAAGGACCCAGUCGUUGAGGUGGCAGAGACGUGUCAGCUGGCCGUCAGGAGGCUGGAGUGGCUGAUGAGUCGUGGUGACGCUGCUGAGAAAGCCGAGAGUACAGACAGUAACCCUUACUGCUCAGUGGACCCCGCUCCUCCGGCGCAGAGGAAGAACGUUCCUGAGCUCCGGACGCAGCUGCUGGAUGAGAACCUGCCCCUGUUUGAGCGCUACAGAGCCAUGUUUGCUCUCAGGAACCUCGGCAGUGAGGAGGCCGUGCUCGCUCUGGGAGAUGGCCUGCAGUGCAGCAGCGCUUUAUUCCGUCACGAGAUCGGCUACGUGUUGGGACAGAUGCAGCACGAGGCGAGCAUCCCUCACCUGCGCGCCGCUCUGGAGAACAAGGCCGAGAACGCCAUGGUGAGGCACGAGUGCGCCGAGGCGCUGGGAUCCAUCGGGCAGGACGCGUGUCUGUCCAUCCUGCAGAGAUACCGCGAGGACAGCGACCGCGUGGUGAAGGAGAGCUGCGAGGUGGCGCUGGACAUGCUGGAGUAUGAGAACAGCGCGCAGUUCCAGUACGCAGAUGGACUGCUCCAAGUAAACGCUGCUCAGUGAUGCUGAACUGUUUAGGACUACUACUACUACUUUUAUUAUUAUUAUUAUUAUUCACUGUCAUACCACAUAGCGUUCUCAUAAAGACAGGAUCAGCUUUUUCAGACAAAAUAACCAUCAAAUAAAUGUUUUUAAAUCUGUAUUUGUGCAUUUUCUGGGUGAGACAUGACAUUGUUGUGAAGUUAACAAAACAAACAAAAGGUUUUCCACCAGAUUUUUAUGCAAAUCAUUAAACUGGAAGUUUCAACAA